AUGAAGGAACACAAAAUGUAUCGCGAUGAUUGGAAAUACGUUGCGAUGAUUAUUGACCGAUUGCUGUUGUACGUCUUCUUCGGCAUUACUGUUGGCGGCACGUGCGGAAUUCUUUUCAGUGCACCGUAUGUGUUCCAAGGUGUCAAUCAACGUGCAGUAUUGGAUCGGCUUAUCGACUUGUACAAGAGCGGUGGUAAUCGUGAUUAG